AUGCAGCAGCAGGAGCUUCUGUUCAAGGUGCUGGUGAUCGGGGACCUGGGGGUGGGAAAGACCUCCAUCAUCAAGAGGUACGUCCACCACAUCUUCUCCCAGCACUACAGGGCCACCAUCGGCGUGGACUUCGCCCUCAAGGUCCUGCACUGGGACCAAGACACCGUGGUCCGGCUGCAGCUCUGGGACAUAGCAGGACAGGAGCGCUACGGGAACAUGACCAGAGUUUACUACAGGGAGGCGGUCGGGGCCUUGGUCGUGUUUGACGUGACCAGAGCGUCGACGUUUGACGCCGUGUUGAAGUGGAAGGACGACCUGGACUCUAAGGUGACCCUGAACCACGGGAGACCGGUUCCAGCGGUUCUCUUGGCCAACAAGUCGGACCAGCUGACCUCCCCUCAGCCCCGACUGGACUCCUUCUGCAGGGACAACGGCUUCGUGGGCUGGUUCGAGACGUCUGCAAAGGAGAACUCGAACAUCGAGGAGGCGGCUCGCUGCCUGGUGGAGAACAUCCUGACCAACGAGGAGACUCCCACAGCCGAGAGAGAGGCCGGAUCCCUGGUUCUGUCCGGCUGCACCAGCGCCACCAGGACUGGACUCGUCUGCUCCUCCUGCACCAGGUGGUGAUGUUCAGGCGUCAGGGCGUCACAUUUAAAACAGCAUCCACCUCCACCUCCACCUCCACCCAAAGAAAACACAACAACAGGAAACAAGAAAACACAAAUAUCUAAAUAACAACCUGCUCAUGGAAACGCAGACGCUAUGUGUUUCUAUUCCGGUUUUCAAAAUAAAAGUGUCUCUAAUCUUUGUUUCCACUGAAAGGUGUUUAGUGGAUGAGCUGUAAAUGUAAAGUCUCUAAACUUUAAGCAGUAAAAACCUCCAGGUCUGAGCGGUGGAUGCGGCUCAUGUUGCGGCCACUAGGGGGCAGCAGAGCCCAUAGAGCCCCAUGUUAAAAGGCCACAGCUUCAUUAAACGUGUUUACAUCCUGGUACUAAAGAUGAUUCCGGUCUUAAUGGUUUAUUUCACUGUUCUGUUGUUCUGUAAACUUCAGGCUUUAUUAUCAUCCAGGUUCAGGAUCUAAUGGGUGACGUCACAGUGGGUUUGUCCACAGUAAAAAAAAACAGUUCAUGGACUUAAAUGAACUGGUCACAUGACUCCAGGGACAAACACGUGUUUCCUUUGAACUUUAGAGAGAAACUUUAAUAUCUGAAAAACGUCCUGAAGAGAUGUUUUAGCUUUAGAUGUUUUUAGAAACGUUUCCAUCAGUUUAUUACUGAGAUGUUCAGGUUUUGCUUCUUUCCAGGAGAAACAGAAACACAGAUAAAGAUUAAGAUAAAGAUUAUAAGAGGAUUAUAAAGUUCCCUGAAAACCUUGAUAUAUUUGUGUGAUCUGCUCUUUACAGUUAAACCGUCCAUACGUUCCUCUAACAACACAAACAUGAUGAUGUUCUGAAAAACCAACGAUACAAACACCUGCUCUCACACUAAUGACACAUUUAAAUAAAUGACGACAGAGACACAAACCGAGGCUCUGACGUCUGUUUCAUCCUGAUCACCAGGAAAAAUAAAAAUAAUAAGAAAACACGUUCACUUUCAGGCUGGUUCAUGUACUUUUUAAUAUUUUGAUGUUUGCUGAUUUAUUAUAUUUGACAUUAGGCUGCAAGUGGAACAUUUAAUUAUUAUUAUUAUUAUUAUUAUUAUUAUUAUUAUUAUUAUUAUUAUUAUUAUUAUUAUCAGUUCGUCCUCUGGUCAUUUUUUUGGGAAUUUUUAAUUAAAAGUGAAUCAGUUGUGAGUUUUUUAUUAUUAUUAUUUUACAAUAUUUAAUAAAUUCAAAGUUCAUUUGUGAUGUUUAAACUGUGUUUUGAUUUAAUUCAUUUUAUUAAACAGACGUGAAUCAACCUCCUCAUCUACACAGUGAAUAAAUAUUCAGUAUGUUUUUACAUUAAAACUUCUGUGAACUGAAAUAAUAAUAAAGCUGUUUUAUUUCCUCCGUCA